UGAUUGGCUGCCAUCAGCUGACGUCACCUCCGCUGUGACGCGAUGCAGCCAUUCAUUUAAAAAAAAAAAAGAAAAAUAAAGAGAAGCAGUCCCGAGCAGCGACACUCACGAGAGAGAGAGAGAGAGAGAGCAGAGGUGUGCGGGACUGUGCGUGAUGAGCGGUGCAGUUUCAGCGAUGCGCGGAUAAAGAGGAUUUACCGCGGGAUCCGUGCGCCUUCUGCGGGGUUUAGGAAGGACGGCGGUGGCGCAGAUACACACUCACACACACACAGAGACACAGAGAGCUCCCAGACACACGGCCGCUUCCUGACAACAUGGAGGAUCUGUGUGAGAUGGACUGCACGGUGCUCAAGCGGCUCCUGAAGGACGACAGCGCCAAGUGCCUGCUGCUGGACUGCCGCUCCUUCCUCGCCUUCAGCGCGGGACACAUCCGCGGCGCCGUCAACGCGCGCUGCAACACCAUCGUGCGCCGCCGGGCGAAGGGCUCCGCGCUCAGCCUGGACCAGAUCCUGGCCGGGGACGAGGAGGUGCGCGGCCGCCUGCGCUCCGGGAUGUACUCCGCCGUGGUGCUGUACGACGAGAGGACGCCGGACGCGGACACGGUGAAGGAGGACAGCACCGUGACGCUGGUGCUCACCGCGCUGUGCGGGGACUCCUCCGCCACAGACACGUACCUGCUGAAAGGCGGAUACGACCGGUUUUUCACAGAAUACCCUGAGUUUUGUUUAAAGACCAAACCCUUACCGUCCCUCAGCAGCCAGUCCAGCGUCGACUCCUCCUGCUCGUCCUGUGGGACGCCUCAUCACGACCAGGGCGGCCCGGUCGAGAUCCUCCCGUUCCUCUACCUUGGCAGUGCCCUCCACGCCUCAAAGAAGGAGGUCCUGGACACCAUAGGAAUCUCCGCCCUGCUGAACGUGUCUGCCGACUGUCCCAACCACUUUGAGGGGGUGUACCAGUACAAGUGUAUCCCCGUGCAGGACAACCAUAAAGAGGACAUCAGCUGCUGGUUCCUGGAGGCCAUCGAGUUCAUAGAUUCAGUACGGGACUCCAGUGGGCGAGUGCUGGUCCACUGUCAGGCGGGCAUCUCCCGCUCCGCCACCAUCUGCCUGGCCUACCUGAUGAAGAGGAAGCGCGUGCGUCUGGACGAAGCCUUCGAGUUCGUGCGCCGCCGCCGCAGCAUCAUCUCCCCAAACUUCAGCUUCAUGGGUCAGCUGCUGCAGUUCGAGUCCCAGCUCCUCGCCACCUCCUGCGCCGCAGAGGCGGCCGCCACGGCGAGCCCGCUCCUCGGACCCAAGUCGUCGACGGCCGCCAACUCAACGGUGGCUACGCCCACCUCGCCGUUCAUUUUUAACUUCCCAGUCUCUGUGGUGAACCCCGCCUACCUGCACCACAGCCCGCUCACGACCUCGCCCGGCUGCUGAUGGACAGCCGAUCGCAGCCGCCGCCCCGCCCUCCCUCCGACAGACUAUCUGAGCACAGACUGGGCUGGUAUUGGCUGAGAGAGCUGUCAGUCUCACUGGCCGCUGCAGUACGUACAUGCUUCCAGGGGCGGGGGGGGCGAGAAGCGUCACGGUGCCUGAGUCAAAACUCAAAAGACUGAAAGACAAAACUUUUUAACGUUCAGAAACCAGCCAACGCUUCUUCCACCUCAACACGAGAUUUCUUCACACUGACCAAAAAUGAACUUGGCUUUUAACGCUCGUUUCAGUGAAGGAGUUCAGACGGAGUGUUGGACUGAGACGUCCUCUUCCUCCACAACGACACGCACAGAGACACACUGACGCACACACACUGACACAGAGGGGCAGCAAACACUCUUUCUCUCUCUCUCUCUCUUUCUGACACACACACACACACACACACACACACACACAUUCAUGACUACCAAGUGAAUAAGCUCAGUAUGAAAGCAGGGUGUGUUGCUAUGGAGACGACAGGUCUUUAGGAGAGGAGAUGGACACAGGAAGGAAGGAGGAAUUUUAAGCACCCGCUCCUUCCCCUCCUGAGGGUGUCCCUCCUGUCGCCGGACAAAAAGAGAUGGAUGGAAAAAACAGGGAAGGAGACGGUGAUAGAAAGCAGGAGGCUCUUCAGUGACAGGUGCUCUGCCGGCAAUCCGACCGGAGCUUCCUGUCUUUCAUAUGUCCUCUUCCUCUCCCCCCCGCCCGUCAUCUCCCUUUCAUCCUUUUAUAUUCCUGCCUCCUUUCCUCCACCUCUCCCUCUCAUCCUCGCGGCCUCUCCCCCGCUCUUCAUCGUCUUCACUGAAGAGGCUAAAUAAAUAAAACAAGAUGCCAAAUAAAGGCAGAGGGCCCUUGUAAAUGGACUGGGAAACCCCUCCGCAGGCCCCUCUAGGAAACUCCCUUUUUCUACAUCACAUAAAAAAUUGUUUUGAAUGAAAGGGCUGAAAGAAAGAGGUUGUGGGAAGACGUGACGUUACUGAGACGUUCUCAUUGAUUUUCCUUUUUUUAGAUCAGAGGGCGACUUUCCGAGCACAUUGAUCCUGGACGUCACUUAAAGGACAAUGCUGGUGGCUUUGUAUCUUUUAACUCAUUAUAAAUCACCUAUUUAUUACUGGUCAUCAUUUUCCAAAACAUACUGAACUUUAAAAGAUUUCAGUUCCUCCAGCAACUUUAUUUCUUGGAUGCUUUGGAAAAUGGUUUUGGAUAAUGGGCUAAAAUGUGCACAACCAGCAACUGCUCCCUUAAGAUGUUUGUGCCUUGUACAUAAAGGUAUUCUGUGGAUUUAGGCGUCCCUCGAUUUCCCCGGGACAUUUAUUUUUUAGAUUGCUGAAUGUUAGUCACAAAAAUAAUCUCAAGCAUUUCAGCAGCGCAGUUCAGACUCUUAUUCCACUACAGAGCAAAAGCUUCCCUCUUCAUCUUCACACACACAGAAUAUACUGUAGAUGCUAAAUGAAAAUCACGAGGAUUCAACGGAAACGGCAUUUGUGAAGAACUCAGGUUACUUUAAACACGUUACAAAAACAGUCCUGCAACCAUUUUGGGUUCCUGAUCAUUAAAAACAGAUACACUGACAUUUUUAACUUGAGAAAAUGGGAUUGCAAUACUUCAAUACAGUUUCUCUUUUAAUGCUUUAGUGCUUUUUUCAUAUGAAACAAGUUCAACAAUGAUUAUAAGCUUUGACCUUUGAGGCUCUAACCCCAUAACAGGAAACAAUAAGCUUAUUAAUUGUGUAUCUGUAAAACAAAUAGACUGUGAACAAAGAAGAACACGUGUUUCCACUUCCUCCCACUAUUCAGAAAUGAAGCCAAAAUAUUCAUCAGCUUGAUGAGGACGACCUCAAAUACUUUUUAUUUUGGUCCACGUGUCGUCCUCUAAAUAACCCUAACAUGAAGGAGGCAGGGUUUAUACUGCAACCAGCCAACAGGGGGCGAUGUAGAUAUUUCGGCUUCACUUUUCCGGAGCUGUCACGUCGUCCAUCUUUAUAAAACAGUCUGUUCUCUCCAUAGCACUCUGACAGCGGUGACGUUCCACGACGUCGUUCUUCAACAUCAGGUCAAAUCUUCACGAUGCCACAGAUUGAGACAAUGUUUGUACUUCUUCUGCUUUUUCGAACCAGGCUAAGCUCUACACUCUGUACUAGACAUCCAAAGGCACAAAGUCCAGGGUUACUUUUAUACCCGAGUCCUGAUGUAUGCACAAAACACACACACGCACACACACACACACACACACACACACA